AUUGGCCAAUUAGUGAAAAUCUCACGGCGUACAGUUUCACUUUCUCACUCCUCCCAAGCAGAGAGAGAGAGAGAGAGAGUAGAAUGGCUGCACUCGCUUCCACAUUCUUCUCCUCCACUCCAAAAGCAUCGCGCUCUUUUGCCGCCAAUUCAAUCCCCAAAUUCCCGCUCACUAAAUCUCUGUCCCAAUUAAACCGCACCAAUUUCAUAGCUCCGAUCGUCGCCUCCGCUCUCCGCGACAAAUUCGUUCGGAGCGAUUCCGAUUCGGAGCUCGAAUCGCGCAGCGGAUUGAAGAAAAUCGUGGACUCGCUGUUCGUUCUCUGCGCUUCGGUAGCUUUGUCGGCGUCUCUGUUCGUCGCCGACGUUGACUCGGCGGCGGCUUUCGUAGCUAGCCCGAGGAAACUCCAGUCCGAUGAGCUUGCCACUGUUCGUCUCUUCCAGGAGAACACUCCCUCCGUUGUCUACAUUACUAAUCUCGCCUCUAGGCAGGAUGCAUUUACUUUGGAUGUGUUGGAGGUGCCACAAGGAUCAGGGUCUGGAUUUGUAUGGGAUACGAAGGGCCACAUCGUUACAAAUUUUCAUGUGAUUCGGGGUGCAUCUGAUCUCAAGGUCACUCUAGCAGACCAGAGUACAUAUGAUGCAAAAGUUGUUGGAUUCGAUCAGGAUAAAGAUGUUGCUGUUCUAAGUAUUGAUGCACCAAAGGACAAGUUGAGACCAUUACCAAUUGGCGUAUCUGCAGACUUGCUUGUUGGUCAAAAGGUGUUUGCUAUCGGAAAUCCUUUUGGACUUGACCAUACACUUACAACAGGUGUCAUCAGUGGGCUUCGGAGAGAAAUCAGUUCGGCUGCAACUGGCCGACCAAUUCAGGAUGUAAUCCAGACCGAUGCUGCUAUUAAUCCAGGCAAUAGUGGCGGACCACUUCUAGAUAGUUCAGGGAGCCUUAUUGGUAUAAACACUGCUAUAUAUUCUCCUUCUGGUGCUUCAUCUGGUGUGGGCUUUUCUAUUCCAGUUGACACUGUAAGUGGCAUUGUUGAUCAAUUGGUUAAGUUCGGUAAAGUUACGAGACCUAUUUUGGGAAUUAAGUUUGCACCCGAUCAGUCAGUGGAGCAACUGGGAGUUAGCGGGGUUCUUGUAUUGGAUGCUCCUGCUAAUGGUCCAGCAGGCAAAGCAGGUCUUCAAUCCACCAAACGUGAUGCCUAUGGAAGACUUGUAUUGGGUGAUAUAAUAACAUCUGUUAAUGGAACCAAGGUCUCAAAUGGUAGUGAUUUGUACAGAAUCCUCGAUCAGUGCAAAGUAGGAGAUAAUGUGAUUGUUGAAGUGCUGCGUGGUGAUAAACUGGAAAAGAUACCUGUACUCUUGGAGCCAAAGCCAGACGAAUCUUAAUUUAACAAUUGUAAGUUGUAAUAUUUGUUCAAACCGAGUAUUUGACAUUGUACAUAAUCCUCAUGAAGCAAUUCCCAUUGUACUGUACUAUCUAUUCUUA